GUCAAGUCAGUACACAUCUCACAGGCAAUGGAUACACAGCAGAAUGGCUCGGUCCUGAAGGAGGGAUUUUUAGUGAAGCGGGGUCACCUGGUUUUAAACUGGAAAGCUCGCUGGUUUGUACUACUGCCAGAUAAGCUAAUGUAUUACAAAUACGAGGGUGGUAAAAAAGAUUCCUCUAAGCGUGGAACGAUUCCUCUGGCUGGAUGUGUGAUUACCUGUCCAUUCUUAGAGCAGGAAAACAGGCCGCUGGUUCUGAGGCUCCAGACACACACGUCGGAUGAGUACUUCCUGGAGGCCUGCUCACGGGAGAAGCGUGACGACUGGGCUGCCUGCAUCGGCGCAGCGGUGGAGAAGCUCCGCUGUGCUGAUGGUCAGUCUCCAGGCUCUGAGACCCCAGUCCAGCCACAACGCAAAGGGUCCAGCUCUCUCAAACUCCAUAACGUCAACCUCAGUGAGGUGGUGGACGCUAUGUAUGAUGUGCACAGUGGAAUCAAAAUGACCAGUCAAGUGGAACAUGGCAGUUCAUUCAGCAACUGCUUCACUGGUUCUGCAGUGGUGGACUGGCUGGUGUUCAUGCAGAUGGCUCUGACGCGGGUGGAGUCGGUGACGCUGGCUUCAGCACUGCUGGAGGAGGGCUACGUCAGGCCCAUUGGGGUGUGCAGUGUGGAGGCCCUGCGCAAUGUGGCCCUUGGCGAGCAGUUUCUGGACGACUCCACAGCCCUCUACAGCUUUUCUGAAAACUUCAAGAAGAGGGGCAGCGUGAAAGCUGAAACAUCUCUGUCAACCCUGGAGCUCAGUGGCAAAGUGAAGAAGAGAGGUUUCCUACUGAAACAGGGACACAAGAGGAAGAACUGGAAAGUGCGACUGUUUGUGCUGAGGGCAGAUCCAGGAUACUUACACUACUAUGACCCUACCAAGGAUGACCUCAACCCUGUGGGCGGCUUCUGUUUGCGGGGCUGCCUGGUCUCUGCUCUGAACGACAGCGGUGUGCCCUCAGGUGUGAAGGGGAAGGUCCAAGGCAACCUCUUUAAGAUCAUCACUCAAUCAAACAAAGACUACUACAUCCAGGCCCCAACCAAGCAGGAGGAGAUGGACUGGAUAGAGGCAAUCAAGCAGCUGACAUGAAAAUGACACUGUAGAAAAUGAACUCUAGUGUCGGACAGCACAAAGUACCCACAGAUACUUUUAGAGUAGAUGUCCAUUAUCAUUUCUGCUGUUGGAGGACGAUAUGAUUUAAUCUGUUGAACUUCUUUAUACUGUACAUUUUACAGUGACAAUGACUGCAUUCAAUGAAUGUUACAAGCAAUAUCAUGACACCUAAGCUACUGUCUAAAACUGACUUUUAUGUAGAUACUACUCAACUUAUCGUAAAUUAAAUUGUUUUCUUCAAUGGAAAAACUUGGUCCACUGGUAUCUGUGGCCUCUUUAUAAGAACAAAGAUACAUCUUACGGCUAAUUACACUGUCAUACUAAUGCAUCUAUACGUUAUACUCGGUGAGUAUAAUUAAUACCUGUUUCACACUUCGAAAACCACAAAACAUUGCAUGAAUACACAUACAGACAGACAGACAGACAGACAGACAGACAGACAGAUAGAUAGAUAGAUAGAUAGAUAGAUAGAUAGAUGCCAUCCAUGGUAUCAAACAUCACUAUGUGGACUUAUAGCCAACAUCAUUAUGAUUGACCUGUACAUGGUACACCUACGGACAUAUGAAUAGAACACACAGCAACUACCACAGAUUUGGAAAAAAGUUUGAGAUAUAUUUGCUCAUUUCAGUAUGAUUACAAUGUCAUUCCACUCAGCUCUGUACGUACAAAAUGAAUGAGCCAAUACAAGAAAUAACAUUCAGUGAUUACAUUUUA